AUGUCUUCUACGCCAAGUAAUAAUACAAAUGAAAAAACAAAUCCAGAUGAUUCAAUUAAAAUUUUAAUUGCAACCGAUAUUCAUUUAGGUUUUGAAUAUAAUAAAAAAAGAGGACAGCAAUCAGAAGAUAGUUUUAUAACUUUUGAAGAAAUACUACAGUAUGGAAAAGAAUAUGAAGUAGAUUUUAUACUUCUUGGUGGAGAUUUAUUUCAUGAUACUAAGCCAUCACAAACUGCAAUAUUAAGAUGCAUGGAGCUAUUAAGAAAGUAUUGUUUAGGCACAAAAGAAAUUAAAAUUCAAUUCUUAAGUGAUCCAGAAGUCAUAUUUCGUCACUGUGCUUAUAAAACUGUAAAUUAUGAAGAUCCAAAUUUAAAUAUUAGUAUGCCAAUAUUUUCCAUUCAUGGAAAUCAUGAUGAUCCAAGCUUUGGAGCUAUUGGAUCAAUGGACUUAUUAUCAGUAUCUGGUCUAAUAAAUUAUUUUGGAAAAUGGACAGAUCUUACUAAAAUAAAUAUUCCUCCUUUAAUUAUAAAAAAAGGUGAAACUCAUAUUGCAUUGUAUGGUUUGAGUUAUAUAAAUGAUCAAAGAUUAUCUCGAUUGUUGAGAGAUUUUAAGAUAGAUAUGUUACGUCCAACAGAAAUAACAGAUUGCUUCAAUAUACUUGUUUUACAUCAAAAUCGUGUAAAACAUGAUGAAUAUACAUAUAUUCCACAAAAUAAACUACCAAAGUUUCUUAAUCUUAUUAUAUGGGGUCAUGAACAUGAAUGUCGUAUUACUCCAGAAUUUAUUCCAGAUGUUGAAUAUUUUAUUUCACAACCAGGAAGUUCUAUUGCUACUUCUUUAUGUGAAGGUGAAUCAAAACCCAAACAUAUUGGUAUUUUAACUGUAAAUAAAAUGAAAUUUAAAUUACAAAAAUUAAAACUGCAGACUGUUAGACCAUUUAUUUUUGAUAAUUUAAUUCUUAAAGAUGAAGAAAUACCAAAAAAUUAUGCUGAGAGACUUUCUGAAUCAGUAUUCAAAUUUAUUGAUAAUUAUAUACAAAAUGAACUUAUGCCUAAAGCUGCUCUUCAACUAUCUGGUCAUCCUAAACAACCAAUUUUACCUUUAUUACGUUUAAGAAUAUUUUAUAAUUCUGAUGAAGAAAUUUUUGAUGAAAUAAAAUUAACACAAAAAUAUUGUGAUGAAAUUGCUAAUCCCAUGGAUAUAGUUGUAUUUCGUAAACAAAAAAAUACCAACAAAAAAUCAAACUCUUCAAAUUCACUUGAAGAUGAUCUUGAAGAUAUGGCUCAAGUUUUCAAUUUUGACGACGGUGAAAAAAAUUGGAACAAAACUGUACAAGGAGGUAUAAAGAAGCAUUUCAGUUUGGAAGAAAAUAAAGAUAAAUUAACAGUAUUAACUGUUAAUGGUUUAAAUGAAGCAUUAAAUCGAUUUGUUAACAUGGGAGAUUUAGAUGCUUUCAAAAGUAUUGUAAGUCAUCAAAUGCAAAAAACAAUUACACAUUUGGAAACCUGUGAGGUUGACACUUCUGAAAGUAUUCGAAAUGAAAUUAAAAAUAUUAGGGAUGAAAGAAUAGGAGAAGAAAAAGAAGAUUCAAUAGUAGAUAAAAUGGAGAUACAAACAGUAUUUAAUAAUGUAAAAAAUCAGGCAGAAUGUUUUGAAAUUGAUUCAGAUAUUAAUCUUAGCGACGAAGAUGAAGAAAGAAAUAUGAUGCCGAAAACCAAAAGAGGUGAAGGAUCGACAAAAGGUCGAGGUUCACGAGGAGGUAAUCGUGGAAGAAAUAAAACAAAAGAAUUUACAACAAAGAAAAUUUCAUCAAAAAUGGAUGGAAUUGAAAAAAGGCAGACAAAAAAACAGGAUCAAAAUAUAUUAGAAAAUUAUGUGGAAUCACUGCUGCGUCGGUCGCGUUAUAUCGAGGAAUUACAGUAA